GGGUACUCGCUCUCUCACAGAGAAGGAUUGUCAUGUGCUAGGCAUGUGUGUUUGGGGGGUGGGCAUCGUGGCACGGAGCUGGCAGCCAGCAGCAGGCGGCAAGAGUCCUAGUUCUUCCUCCUGACAAAGUUCAGGGUUCAACCCCCUUUCAGGAGCCAAUCAUGUCUCCUCACUGAGCCUCACGGUCCUCACCUGUCCAAUGAGGAGGUGAACCUCAGCCCAGCCCAGCUCGCAGGUGUGGUGCAUGAGGACUCAGACAGAUAAUGAAGGCGAAUACAGCCACAUAAACAACAUCCAGAGGGAUCCGGGAUUACGAUCGACUGCAAGGCAAAUACAAGUUUGCACCGGUGUAUGCCAGACACAUGCAGAGAGCAUCACCCCCAGAUCUCUAACAGCACAGCUAUCCGGAUUGAGUUCAUUCAGAACCAUGGAGAGUGACCCCAGCCCUCAGCCUCCGCACUCAGAUUCCCUGGAGGCCUUUCCCCAGAAGAACCUGGAGCCAGGUGACAUUGCAGUGCUGGUUCUGUACUUCCUCUUUGUCCUGGCUGUUGGACUAUGGUCCACAGUGAAGACCAAAAGAGACACAGUGAAAGGCUACUUCCUGGCUGGAGGGGACAUGGUGUGGUGGCCAGUGGGCGCAUCCUUAUUUGCCAGCAAUGUUGGCAGUGGACAUUUCAUUGGCCUGGCAGGGUCAGGUGCCGCUGCAGGCAUUUCUGUAUCUGCUUAUGAGCUUAACGGCUUAUUUUCUGUGCUGAUGCUUGCCUGGAUCUUCCUUCCCAUCUACAUUGCUGGUCAGGUGACCACGAUGCCAGAAUACCUAAGGAAACGCUUUGGCGGCAACAGGAUCCCCAUCAUCCUGGCUAUUCUCUACCUGUUCAUCUACAUCUUCACCAAGAUCUCGGUGGACAUGUAUGCAGGUGCCAUCUUUAUUCAGCAGUCUCUGCACCUGGAUCUGUACCUGGCCAUAGUUGGGCUGUUGGCCAUUACAGCUCUAUACACUGUCGCAGGUGGCCUGGCUGCUGUGAUCUACACGGAUGCUCUGCAGACUCUGAUCAUGCUUAUAGGAGCACUCAUCUUGAUGGGCUACAGUUUUGCUGCAGUUGGUGGGAUUGAAGGCCUGAAGGAGAAGUACUUCUUGGCCUUGGCUAGCAACCGGACUGAGAACAGCACCUGCGGGCUGCCCCGAGAAGACGCCUUCCAUAUUUUCCGAGAUCCACUGACAUCUGAUCUUCCAUGGCCUGGAAUUUUAUUUGGAAUGUCCAUCCCAUCCCUCUGGUACUGGUGCACGGAUCAGGUGAUUGUUCAGCGGACUCUGGCUGCCAAGAACCUGUCUCAUGCCAAAGGAGGUUCUCUGAUGGCCGCAUACCUGAAGGUGUUGCCACUUUUCAUAAUGGUGUUCCCUGGUAUGGUCAGUCGUGUCCUUUUCCCAGAGCAAGUGGCCUGUGCGGAUCCGGAUAUCUGCCAGAAGGUCUGCAGUAACCCCUCUGGCUGUUCUGACAUUGCAUAUCCCAAACUAGUGCUGGAGCUCCUGCCCACAGGGCUCCGUGGGCUCAUGAUGGCAGUGAUGGUGGCAGCGCUCAUGUCCUCCCUCACCUCCAUCUUUAACAGUGCCAGCACCAUCUUCACCAUGGACCUCUGGAAUCACAUUCGGCCCCGGGCGUCUGAGAAGGAGCUCAUGAUUGUGGGAAGGGUGUUUGUGUUGCUGCUGGUGUUGGUCUCCAUCCUCUGGAUCCCUGUGGUCCAAGCCAGCCAGGGUGGCCAACUCUUCAUUUACAUCCAGUCCAUCAGCUCCUACCUGCAGCCACCUGUGGCUGUGGUCUUCAUCAUGGGAUGUUUCUGGAAACGAACUAAUGAAAAGGGUGCCUUCUCAGGCCUGAUUUUGGGCCUGCUCCUGGGCUUCAUUAGACUGGUCCUGGACUUCAUUUAUGCACAGCCUCGGUGUGACCAGCCAGAUGAACGUCCUGUCAUAGUGAAGUAUGUGCACUAUCUCUACUUCUCCAUGAUUCUGUCCACAGUCACCUUCAUCACCGUGUUCAUCGUGAGCUGUUUCACAGAGCCGCCCUCCAAGGAGAUGGUCAGUCACCUGACCUGGUUUACACGUCAUGACCCCACCGUCCAAAAGGAGCAGAUAUCACCAGCAAGCCCCCUGCCUCUUACGCCUUCUCAGAAUGGGACAACAGAGGCAACCAGCACCAGUAUCCAGUUUGAGAUUGUUCAAGAAAACACGUCCAAAACCCACAGCUGUGGUGUCACCCCCAAGCGGUCCAAGGUGGUGAAAGCCAUCUUGUGGCUCUGUGGGAUGGACAGUAAGGGCAAAGAGGAGCCCCCAAGCAAAGUGGAAGUCGUCAUACUUUCCCUGGAAGAAAACCCCUUCGUGAAAACCCUUCUGGAUAUCAACUGCAUCAUCUGCAUUAGCUGUGCCGUCUUUCUCUGGGGCUACUUUGCUUAAUGUGGAGUUAGCCCAGGCGUCUAAGCUCUCAAGUUUGUUUUCAAUGCCCCGGAUUUUUUAAUGAGUGAAAAAUAAAUUAAUAAUUUGUUUGCCACAAAGGUCCUAAGAUGUUUGCGGGCCACUUUCAACAUGACAUUUA